CAGUUGCCACUGCAAGCUCGCACAGGAAGCAACGCAUAGUUUAUUCCUAUAGAAAUGUGCUUAAUGGCUUUGCAGCGAAAUUAACAGCUCAAGAAGUUAAAGCCAUGGAAGAGAAGGAUGGGUUUGUUUCAGCUCGACCGCAAAGAAUAGUGCCCUUGCAUACAACUCAUAGCCCUGGUUUCUUGGGGUUGCACCAAGAGUUAGGUUUCUGGAAAGGAUCAAACUACGGCAAGGGGGUUAUUAUUGGAGUUCUGGACACAGGACUAUUCCCUGACCAUCCUUCAUUUAGCGAUGAAGGACUACCACCUCCACCAGCUAAAUGGAAAGGAAAGUGUGACUUCAAUUGGACGUCCUGCAAUAACAAAAUCAUCGGAGCAAGAAAUUUUGAUAGCGGAGCAGAGGCUGUUCCACCCAUUGAUGAAGAAGGCCACGGCACCCACACCGCAAGCACAGCUGCAGGGAAUUUUGUGCCAAACGCGGAUGCGCUCGGGAAUGCCAAUGGCACGGCUGUUGGCAUGGCACCGCUUGCUCACUUGGCAAUUUAUAAAGUAUGUUCCGAAUUUGGUUGCGCGGACACUGACAUAUUAGCAGCACUUGACACUGCCAUAGAGGAUGGUGUUGAUGUACUUUCCCUCUCCCUGGGUGGAGGCUCUGCUCCUUUUUUCGCAGAUUCAAUUGCACUAGGUGCUUUUUCUGCUAUUCAAAAAGGGAUCUUUGUAAGCUGUUCAGCUGGUAAUUCAGGCCCACUCAAUGGAUCUUUAUCAAACGAGGCACCCUGGAUACUUACCGUCGGUGCAAGCACCAUAGACAGAAAGAUAAUGGCUACAGCGACGCUUGGAAAUGGGGAAGAAUUUGAUGGCGAAUCGCUUUUCCAGCCAAGUGAUUUCCCUUCAACAUUACUACCUCUCGUGUACGCGGGCGCAAAUGGUAAUGCCUCGUCCGCCAUAUGCGCUCCAGAAUCAUUGAAAGAUGUAGAUGUGGCAGGAAAGGUAGUGGUGUGUGAUAGAGGUGGGGGCAUAGGACGAAUUGCCAAAGGGCAAGAAGUGAAGGAUGCUGGUGGUGCUGCCAUGAUUCUUACCAAUGACGAACUCAAUGGAUUCAGCACCUUAGUCGACGCCCAUGUUCUUCCUGCAACACAUGUGAGUUAUGCAGCGGGUUUGAAGAUUAAAUCUUACAUAAAAUCAGAAUCAGCACCUACCGCUACAAUCGUUUUCAAAGGAACCAUCAUCGGAGUCCCUACCGCUCCCGAAGUUACUUCAUUUUCUUCGAGAGGACCAAGCUUGGAAAGCCCUGGUAUCUUGAAACCAGACAUUAUAGGCCCUGGUGUGAGCAUUCUAGCAGCAUGGCCCUUCCCUCUGGAGAACGAUACAACCUCUAAACCGACAUUUAACGUGAUCUCAGGCACAUCAAUGUCGUGCCCCCAUCUCAGCGGCAUUGCGGCUUUGAUCAAAAGUGCCCAUCCUGACUGGUCUCCUGCUGCCAUUAAGUCUGCAAUCAUCACUACUGCCGAUCUUCACAACCUUGAAAAUAAGCCCAUCAUUGACGAAACACUUCAACCCGCUGACUUGUUUGCCACCGGUGCCGGCCAUGUGAACCCAUCAGCAGCAAAUGAUCCAGGCCUCAUUUACGACCUGGAACCAGAUGACUACAUACCCUACUUGUGUGGUUUGGGCUACACUGAUGAGGAGGUAGGGUUGAUUGUGAACCGAACGCUGAAGUGCUCUGAAGAAUCAUCCAUACCUGAGGCACAAUUAAAUUAUCCUUCAUUUUCCAUUGCAUUGGGGCCUAGUUCUCGGACGUACUCAAGGACGGUCACAAACGUGGGUGCGGCCAAUUCAUCUUACAGUGUUCAGAUUUUGGCACCAUCUGGAGUUGAAGUGAGUGUGAACCCUGAUAAACUCGAGUUCACGGAGGUGAACCAGAAGAUGACAUAUAUGGUGAGCUUUAGCAGGACAAGCGCGGGGGGUGAGGGUGGCAAGCCAUUUGCGCAAGGAUUUCUGAAAUGGGUGUCCGAUAGUCAUUCUGUCAGAAGCCCAAUAUCUGUUAUGUUUGAAUGA